GUUUCUUCAACAACAACAACAGCUAGUCAGACACCUCGGUAGCUUGCUCGCCAACAUAACCGAAACAUUGAAGCUCUUUAGACUGUCUCAGUGUUUUAAAAACAGUUUUGUCGUUUAGCUAGUUACCUUAUUUAAUGUUAUAUGUACAUUGUUAGUCAGUUAGCUGGCUUGAUAAGUUAGCCUAGCACUAGGCUAGUCGCUAAUGCUAGCUAGCUAACAUCCCUGACCAUGAGUUCACUAAGCUACUCUCCUCCUGCUAAAGAAGAAGCGGUCUGCUGGACGGAGAAUAAGGCUCCAGAGGGUAUAUGGCUGAACAUUGUCGUGAAAGAGGAGAAAGAAGAGGAGGAUGUCACAGUUAAAAAACAAGUAAAAGUUGAGGCUGUUCCCGUGAAAGAAGAAGAGGAAGACGCGUUCAGAGUGAAAGAGGAGGAGGAUGUUACAGUGAAAGAAGAGGAGGAAGAGCAAGAGGUGGAUGCAGGGGAGGAGGGGGAGAUGACUGUCACAUUGAAAGAAGAAGACGAGGAGGAGACAGAAGAUCUGAUUGAGACCAGAGAAAGACCAGACUCUCACUCUGACAGCAGAAAGAAUCCUUCAGGAGGACCAGACCCAGUGACACCCAAACCAGCGAGACAACACCACUCCCUAUCAUGGGCCCUAAAACAGCAUGAGAGGACACACACAGGGGAAAAGCCUUUCCAAUGUUCCCACUGUGGAAAGCAUUUUGCCCGCUUAAGGAGCCUGAAGGAGCAUGAGAGGACACACACAGGGGAAAAUCUUUUCCAAUGUUCCCACUGUGGAAAGCGUUUUACCCGCUUAAUGAGCCUGACGGAGCAUGAGAGGCUACACACAGGGGAAAAGCCUUUCCAAUGUUCCAAGUGUGAACAGCGUUUUAUCCGCUUAAGGAACCUGAAGAGUCAUGAGAGGGUACACACAAGGGAAAAUCCUUUCCAAUGUUCCCAGUGUGAAAAGCAUUUUACCCGUUUAAGGAGCCUGCAGAAGCAUGAGAAGAUACACACAGGGGAAAUCCUUUCCAAUGUUCCCAGUGUGGAAAUAGUUUUAUCAAUUUAAGACAUCUGAAUAAGCAUGCACUUACCAGUGCUCUCAUUGUGGAAAGACAUUUCCCAGUCAGAGGACCUGAAAUCACAUCAGAGAAUAGAGAGACUGUGUUCUGACUUAUGUUUUUGACCUGAUAAUUUAGGUGUUUGUUUAUACCACAUGAAAUCAUAUUGUUUAUAUGAAAUCAUUAACAAAACAGACCUACUUUUGUUUAAGUUUUCAUCUGGAGAUGAUAAAUACUAUACAAUGUGUUUUGAUUAUGAACUUUAAUCCAUUGCAUACCCUCUAAUAUUGUUCAUUAUGUUUUUGGGAUAUUGCUAAAUGUUGAUGAUAUUGCUAAAUGUUGAUGAAUGGAGUUUGCAUUUCUUGAUUCUAACCUUAAACCUCUUGAAUUUGAUGUGAUCUGGUUUUUCACUAAAUGAAUUGUAUUACAUGAUUUAGAUAUUGCACCAUGUAAAUUAUUGAAUAGAUUAAUAGAAUGUGCAUUUCUUUUUUUUGAACAUUGAAACCUCUUGAAUUUAGUCGUUUUUGUUGCAUUUAGUUAAUUUGUUUACUAGUCAUCAAGGUAAAGGACUAUGAAAAUGUGAUGACGUUUUUAUAUCAACAUUGAUAAGUUGUUUACAUGAAAAACAUGAGUGUUCCCAUCAAUGUUAUUCCACUAUGUAGAAGCAGUAUAGAGCUAGUUUCGAUUGAAUACAGAUGUGUAGUAGAUGUGAAGUUUAUUUUAAAUUCUUACUAAUUGAUUAGCAAAAACGUAUCUUUGAAAUGAAAAAUAAAAAGUAGAAUAAUGCACCAUGGUAGCUAAUACAUUACAAUAUAAUAAGGCUACAUGGUAGAUAAUACAUUAUAAUAUAAUAAGGCUCCAUGGUAGCUAAUACAUUAGAAUAUAAUAAGGCUCCAUGGUAGCUAUUACAUUAGAAUAAGGCACCAUGGUAGCUAGUACAUUAGAAUAGAAUAAGGCUCCAUGGUAGCAAAUAUAGUAGAAUAUAAUAAGGCACCAUGGCAGCUAAUACAAUUGAAUAGAAUAAGGCUCCAUGGUAGCUAAUACAUUAGAAUAGAAUAAGGCUCCAUGGUAGCUAAUACAUUAGAAUAUAAUAAGGCUCCAUGGUAGCUAAUACAUUAGAAUAGAAUAAGGCUCCAUGGUAGCUAAUACAUUAGAAUAGAAUAAGGUCCAUGGUAGCUAAUACAUUAGAAUAGAUUAAGGCACCAUGGUAGCUAAUACAUUAGAAUAGAAUCAGGCUCCAUGGUAGCUAAUACAUUAGAAUAGAAUAAGGUCCAUGGUAGCUAAUACAUUAGAAUAGAUUAAGGCUCCAUGGUAGCUAUUACAUUAGAAUAUAAUAAGGCACCAUGGUAGCUAAUACAUUAGAAUAGAAUAAGGCUCCAUGGUACCUAAUACAUUAGAAUAGAAUAAGGCUCCAUGGUAGCUAAUACAUUAGAAUAGAAUAAGGCACCAUGGUAGCUAAUAAAUUAGAAGAGAUUCAGGCACCAUGGUAGCUAAUAAAUUAGAAUAGAUUAAGGCUCCAUGGUAGCUAAUACAUUAGAAUAGAAUAAGGCUCCAUGGUAGCUAAUAGAAUAGAAUAAGGUCCAUGGUAGCUAAUACAUUAGAAUAGAAUAAGGCUCCAUGGUAGCUAAUAAAUUAGAUUAGAGUAAGGAUCCACGGUAGCUAAUACAGUAGAAUUAGGCUCCAUGGAUCUAAUACAUUUCAUUAGAAUAAGGCACCAUGGAGCUAAUAUAUUAGAAUACGGCUCCAUGGAAGCUUAUACAUUAGAUUAGAGUAAGGAUCCAUGGUAGCUAAUACAGUAGAAUAAGGCUCCAUGGUAGCUUAUACAUUAGAUUAGAGUAAGGAUCCAUGGUAGCUAAUACAGUAGAAUAAGGCACCAUGGAGCUAAUACAUUAGAAUACGGCUCCAUGGAAGCUUAUACAUUAGAUUAGAGUAAGGAUCCAUGGUAGCUAAUACAGUAGAAUAAGGCACCAUGGAGCUAAUACAUUAGAAUACGGCUCCAUGGAAGCUUAUACAUUAGAUUAGAGUAAGGAUCCAUGGUAGCUAAUACAGUAGAAUAAGGCACCAUGGAGCUAAUACAUUAGAAUAAGGCUCCAUGGUAGCUAAUAUAUUAGGCUAUAAUAAGUUACCAUAAUUGUAUCCUAUACUGACUAGUCUUUUUACCCAUUCGGUCUAAUACAGGUAUCCUUUUCUGACUAGUCUAUUUAUCCAUUAGGUCUAAUACAUGUAUCCUAUACUGACUAGUCUAUUUAUCCAUUAGGUCUAAUACAUGUAUCCUAUACUGACUAGUCUAUUUAUCCAUUAGGUCUAAUACAUGUAUCCUAUACUGA